AUGUUUGUCGAGGAGGAAAAUAAUAAAAGAAGAAGUUAUGGAUCAAUCUUUGUGUACUGCUUCUUCUGUGUUGUUUUGGUUGUGGGGAUCGUGAGAUUCGCAAAACCUUACGAUAACCUUAGGCAAAACCUAAUGGAGGCAGAAGCAGUGGUAGAAGAAGGAUUCUUUGAUGUGAAGAACUCAGGGAAACCACCAUGUCAGUCCUCGAGAUCUCGCUCUGUCUCGGAUCCUGCUCAUAAUCACGAGAAGCUCACUGCACCGGCGUGGGUCUACAGAGAGCUUCCUCCAACUUCUUACUGCGUAAAGUUCGAGUCUUUUGCGACCAUGAUGAAACAGGUCAAUGAUGGCAAGUACGAGUCACGCCCUUUCUCCGUCGGCGGACACACUUGGUCGCUUCUACUAUAUCCUAACGGGAACAAGCAAGACCGCGCGCCUGCUGGAUACAUGUCGGCUUACGUGAGAAUCCAUAACUCAAGCCUCACGACCAGUGAUGUGUAUGCAGAGAUCAAGUUCUUCUUCUACAGUAAAACUCAAGACAAGUACAAUACACUCGUGGACAAUGUGCCAAAGAGAUUUCAUAUGAUAACUAACCCGGAA